AAACAGAUCUUUAUUGAUGCGCUUAAGCACCUAUUUACAUUAUAUACAGGGAUAUGUCAGCCUGGAUGGGACUAUUUCGAUGGCUACUGUUAUUUCACAAGCCUGUUAAGCUCCACGUGGCCAACUGCUGAAACAAAAUGUGCUAAAAUGGGCUCAAAUCUUGUGACAGUCCAUAAUCAAGAAGAAAAUGUCUACAUUCAACAUCGGCAUAAUGGCGAGAAAUCCUGGAUUGGGCUCAAUGACCGAAGCGUGGAAGGAUCAUUCGUGUGGACAAAGAAAGGCACAAGUAAUUUUAGUUACUGGGCGCCAAACCAACCCAACAAUUAUACGGAUCAGGACUGUGUACACACUCUUGGUGCAAAGAAUGGAUACACUUGGAAUGACGUAUCAUGCGAUAACUGUUUUAAAUUUACUUGUUUUAAAGAUAUUAACGAGUGCACAGUCAAGUCCCACCGAUGUGAUGUUAAUGCUGCCUGUCAAAAUACUGAGGGAUCUCACAACUGUAUUUGUAAUGCUGGUUAUGAAGGAGAUGGAAUAAAAUGCUUAG